AGAAGAAAUGGAAAACCAUGAAAAGUUAGGUAGGUUUUCGAGUUGCAGAGGUGUGGCUUUCGAAAUAAAACCCCAUGCAGACUUAUUCGCCAUUCCUUCUGCACCGAUCAUUAAUAGCAACAGCAGAUCAAUUAGGUCAACUUGGCUUCCAUGGGGAAGCUUCUCUAGGGUUGCUCAUGCAUCUUCCCAACUAUCCCUGCAUCGUUCCGUGAGCCGAACCAGCAGCCAUUUCUGCGACGUUGAUGAAGACGAAGACGAUGAAGAAGAUGCCGAAACUCUCGCCGACAUUGAAGAAGGCCAUGAGUUAGCCGAUCAAGAGAAAGUGGCGGCGGCGGCGGCGGCGGCGGAGGUUUCUUCUUUGCCGCCGCGGCCACUUCCUCGGAAAGAGCCAUCUUCAUCGUCGAGACUGUCUGUGAUACUCCUCGACCAGGGGUUGUUCACUGUUUACAAGCGGCUCUUUGUCGUCUGCUUGGUUCUGAAUAUAACUGGCGUUGUUCUUGCGGCUACUGAUGAGUUCUCGUACGCUAGAAACCGCCCCGCGUUGUUCUCGAUUGCCAACAUCUUCGCUCUGGUUUUAUGCCGGAGCGAGGCGUUUCUGAGGAUCGUGUUCUGGGCGGCGGUUAAGGUUCUCGGGAGGUGGUGGGUUCCUCUGCGUGUGAAAACUGCAACGACGUCGUUUCUUCAGUGUCUCGGCGGGGUCCACAGCGGCUGCGGCGUUUCGUCGGUUGCAUGGCUGGUUUACGCGUUGGUUCUAACCCUCAAAGACAGGGAGAACACUUCGCCGGAGAUCGUCGCCGUCGCUUCCGCAAUUCUCGGCCUUCUUGGCUUCUCCUGUCUGGCGGCUUUCCCACUAAUCCGCCACCUCCACCACAACGUUUUCGAGCGAACCCACAGAUUCGCCGGUUGGACCGCUCUGGCGCUAUUAUGGGUUUUCGUCACGCUAACUAUUUCCUUUGACCCGGUGACGAAAUCCUACGUCAGCGACGACUUUUGGUCAGGGCUGACCAAAACGCAGGAGUUCUGGUUCACAGUUGGAAUCACUGUUCUAAUCAUUACUCCAUGGUUGACCGUGAGAAGGGUCCCUGUACGGAUGUCGUCUCCGUCGGGCCACGCCUCCAUCAUCAAAUUCGACGGCGGCGUUAAAGCCGGAAUCCUGGGCAGAAUCAGCCCGUCCCCGUUUUCCGAGUGGCACGCAUUCGGAAUCAUCUCCGACGAUAAGAAAGAGCACAUGAUGCUCGCCGGAGCAGUCGGUGACUUCACAAAAUCCCUCGUCGCGAACCCGCCGACCCACCUGUGGGUCCGGCAGGUGCACUUCGCCGGGUUGCCGUAUCUAACGAACAUGUACGGUAAGGUUCUUUUGGUGGCCACAGGGUCUGGGAUCUGCGUCUUCCUUUCGUUUCUCCUGCAGCCAUGCAAGGCUGACGUGUGCUUGCUCUGGGUGACGAAAGGUGUCGAGCAGAAUUUCGGACGGGAGAUUAAGGAGUGGAUGACUGGGCACCCGGAGCAGAAGGUUAUUGUUCACGACACCGCCGUACUUGGCCGGCCAAAUGUGUCGGAGAUGACGGUUGAGACGGCGAAGAAAUUUGGGGCGGAGGUGGUGAUUGUGACGAGUAAUCCACAGGGAAGCAAAGACGUGGUCAAUGCAUGCAAAGCUUCUGGGAUUGCUGCUUUUGGCCCUAUUUGGGAUUCUUGAUUUUUUUUUUUUUUUUCCAUAUUUAAUUUCUUGUAUGUUUGUAAUUAACUUAUUAAUAAAUAAUAAUCAUGAUUAUAUUUCC